AAUUCUGUCCUCAACCCUCCAUUCCCUUGGCUCUUCUACACCUCUCCUUUUGCCAUUCCUGCUUUCCCACCAGAAUACAACAACGGACACGAAGCCACAGAAGACUAACGUCUUCAAACUACCCUGACCCGUCCAACAAAACAUAGGAAACAAGGAAAAAUGAUAAGGUUCCUCAGACAGAAGACAAACAUCACCUCCAUCCUGGUCGUCAGAAGCAUUACCCUGCUGCUGUUAAGCUGCACAGCGAUCAGAACUACUGUUGGUGUCAUCUCCAGCAUCCCUUCUUCACUAGCAGAACUGCCCCUCGAUGGUCAUCUAAGUUUCGAUGAACUUCACCACAUAGCCAAAGACUUCGGCAAUCGAUUCCAGUACCUGCCUUCUGCGAUCCUCUAUCCAAAGUCAGUUUCUGAUAUUGCUCUCACAGUAGAGCAUAUCUGGCAGUUGGGCCCUUACUCGGACCUCACUAUUGCUGCUCGAGGCCAUGGACACUCGCUCCAGGGUCAAUCACAGACCCACCGAGGAAUUGUGAUCAACAUGGAAUCACUCAAAUCCCCACUGAUGAAAGUCCACAGGGGGAAAUCCCCAUUUGUGGAUGUAUCGGGUGGAGAAUUGUGGAUAAAUAUCCUGAGAGAAAGCCUGAAAUAUGGGUUGGCGCCGAAGUCCUGGACCGACUACUUGCAUCUGACAGUUGGUGGCACUCUGUCAAAUGGGGGAAUUAGCGGGCAGGCAUUUCGACAUGGACCUCAGAUUAGUAAUGUCCAUCAGCUUGAAGUUAUCACAGGAAAGGGGGAGGUAGUGAAGUGCUCAGAGAAGCAGAAUGAAGACCUCUUUCAUGGUGUUCUUGGAGGACUCGGCCAAUUCGGGAUCAUAACCCAAGCGAGAAUUUCUCUGGAACCGGCACCAGAUAUGGUGAAGUGGAUCAGAGUGCUGUAUUCAGAUUUCGAGACAUUUACGAGGGAUCAAGAGCGUCUGAUAUCGGAGGAGAAUACAUUUGAUUAUAUUGAAGGAUUCGUUAUAAUAAAUAGAACAGGCCUCGUAAAUAACUGGAGAUCAUCCUUCAGCCCGCAGGACCCAAUUCAGGCCAGUGAGUUCAAAUCAGAAGGGAGAACUCUCUUCUGCCUUGAAAUGGCCAAGUACUACAAGCUGAGUGAUUUGGACACAGCAAUCAAGGAAGUUGAGAGAUUACUUUCUCAGUUAAAUUACGUCUCGUCGACGCUUUUCCUAUCAGAAGUUCCAUAUAUAGAGUUCUUGGACAGAGUCCACGUAUCAGAGAUCAAACUACGGUCAAAGGGUCUGUGGGAAGUCCCACACCCAUGGCUCAAUCUUUUGAUCCCAAGAAGCAAGAUAGACAUAUUCGCAGCGGAAGUCUUUGGCAAUAUCCUAACAGACACGAGCAACGGGCCCAUCCUCAUAUAUCCAGUCAACAAAUCAAAGUGGGACAAUAGAACUUCUGUUGUUAUUCCAGAAGAAGAUAUUUUUUACCUGGUGGCAUUCCUUUCUUCUGCAAUUCCCACUUCAACAGGAACUGAUGGCUUAAAACACAUACUAACUCAGAACACAAGAAUAUUAGAUUUUUGUGAAAGAGCAAAUCUUGGAGUGAAGCAAUACUUGGCCCACUAUACUAGGCAGGAAGAUUGGAAGAACCAUUUCGGUCCACACUGGGAAUCCUUUGUACAGAGAAAAUCUGCUUAUGACCCUUUAGCCAUUCUUGCCCCGGGGCAACAAAUAUUUCAUAAGGCAGCCCCCUUCUUGUGACCCUUUUGCUCUUUUCCUUUUCUUUCUUUUGUCAACUUAGAAGAGGAACCUCGCAGAAGGCGAGGGAGAACGCCUUAGUCACUUAUACUGUAAAUUUUUUGUGCUAGUUUAUUUAAAUCUCUUCCUCCUGA